UAGUGGUGGCUCCUCGGAUGGCUACAAAAAAGGCUCAUACUAGCGCCACAAAAGCCUUACAAAAUGAAUUAAUCGAUUUAAACACUUCUCCAGUAGAGGGGUUCAAGGUGAAUCCUUCGGCACUCGAAAAUAUGUUUGUCUGGGAUGUGGCAAUAUUUGGGCCGCCGAUGACCCUUUAUGAGGGGGGUUAUUUUAAGGCUCGUCUCUAUUUCCCCACUGAUUAUCCCUAUAAUCCUCCUUCAGUACAAUUUUUGACAAAAAUGUUUCAUCCCAACAUAUAUGAAAAUGGCGAAGUCUGCAUAUCGAUUUUACACUCACCGGGUGACGAUCCUCAAAGUGGGGAACUUGCUUCUGAAAGAUGGAACCCGACGCAGACUGUGCGCACCAUAUUGUUAAGUGUUAUCUCCCUGCUGAACGAACCAAACAUUCACUCUGCUGCUCACGUUGAAGCGUCUGUUUCAUACCGAAAAUGGAUAGAAUCCGGCGGAAAGGAUGACGAGUAUGAACGCAUCGUAAGGUCGCUGGUACAACAAACCAGUGCGGAUGCUGAAAAAGAUGGUGUUUGUGUUCCGCGGACAUUAGAAGAAUAUUGCGUUUCUGGUCGACCCGGGAAUGAUGUAAGCUCAUCUGAUGUGGAUAAGCAUGGUUCCGACUUUGAUGACGAUUAUGAGUAUUACGACUCUGAUAUGGACGAGGAUGACAAUGUCCUUGGUGUGAGUGCGGAUGGGAAUGCUUGUGGAUCUAUGGAUAUUGGAGUAGAUUCAGCUAUGGAAGAAGCUGAAAAUGAGCCCAGCGUAAAGUCCAAACACAACACUCAUUCCAGCCUAUCAGAAUCAGCCCCCAUUCACGAUAUUCCAUGUAAUCGAACUGGUCGAUCCGCCGCGAGCGAGACUCCUGCUGCUUUUCCAGAUCCUAAAUGGGACUCGUGAACGUGUUUAAUGUUUUUCUGAGCUCCCUUUCAUGUUCUUACCUCAUUGUUGCGUGACCAAACAGUAUGUCAGGUUCUUUUAACCAUGCGCCACCUCUGUGACUAUUUUUACUUAUCACUGACCAACAUGGUUUCAUCUUGAAACUACUCACAAUGUAUAUUAAUCAGUUUUCGCUCCGGCAUUGUAGUUUCGUCUCUCAUCCGCUGUUGUCUGUUCGGUUGCAACCACCGAAUGCUGGUUGGGUCCUCCUUUCCCUUGUUUAUCCUUAUUGCGUGAUAGUUUCGUUUUUGUCCCUUCAGCUUGUUUUGGAUGUACGCUUGUCCAUUUGUAUUCAUUAUCUUUCCGUAGAGACGAUUUUAGUAAAGUGUUUAUUCAUCUUAAUCUAACCAGUUUACACAAUGCUAUAUCCGUUACCACUUAACUUGUGAUCAUUGGAUUCAUCUCCAUGCACUGUGGUAAGCGUGCUGACUAUUGAAUAAUAACGCACUGCGACGAUAA